AUGGCGCAGUCAGAGCCCGUCUCCUGCAGCCUGCACGGCUCCAGGUUCCUGGCAGGAGGGCUGGGGGGCUCCAUCACCCACCAGUGCUUCUACUCCACCACCCCGGCCAACAAACACCAGCGGAAAUAUUGGUGCAAAAUCGCCGCAAACGGGGUCUGCUACACCAUCAUCUCCUCCAGCAGCGCCCCCCAGGGCCAGUACACGGGCAGGGUGGCCCUGGGGGACGUCCCCCAGAAUGGCACCUUCAGGGUGACAAUGACAGGGCUGAGGAGCAGCGACUCGGGCACCUACAGGUGUGGCAUUGGCACCUCCAACCAAGGGCUCUACGUCAGCCUCAACCUGACGGUUCUCCCAGGUAGGAUUUGUUUUCCUGGCUCCUGGGAGGGGUUUGGGAUCAGGUGCCUCUCAGCUUUUUCUAUUAGCCAGAAAUAA